AUCAUCAUGGUCACGCGCAGGCCUACCCAUGCCGGCUCCUGGUACACAGACAACGGACAGCUCCUUUCACAGCAGCUCGAUGGCUGGCUAGCAGCAGUCCCUAGCUCCACAACUCCUAUCGGCUCAGCGUCUUCACAGCAGGGCCAGGUCUCCAUUCCCACGCCCAACGCUCGAGCAAUCAUCGCACCGCACGCUGGCUACUCGUACUCCGGGCCUGCUGCUGCAUGGGCCUACAAGAGUGCGGACUGGGCAAAUGCUAAACGCAUCUUUCUUCUUGGGCCCUCGCACCACCACUACCUCACUGGCGCUGCUACAACCGCCUGCAACAAGUACAGUACACCACUCGGAGACCUGAUUGUCGACACGAAGCUUGUGAAGCAAAUCCAGCAGCAGUGGGGCUUAGAGACCAUGUCCAGACAGGUUGACGAAGACGAGCACAGCUUAGAGAUGCACUUGCCAUACAUCUACAAGAUGCUGUCACUGAAGAACGCCGCUUUUCAAAACGACCCAACUUCUGUACCCUUGAUCCCUAUAAUGAUAGGCAACACUGAUGCUAGUACCGAAUCUCGCUACGGCUCUCUACUUGCACCUUUUCUCUCCGACCUAUCCAAUGUCUUCGUCAUCUCCUCCGACUUUUGCCACUGGGGCUCUCGUUUCCGCUAUACGUACUAUCAGCCUCCGGGCGAUUCUUCUGCAUCCAACCUACGGUCCAGCUCUCGCGUUCCACGCGACUAUCCGAUCCAUGAGAGUAUUGCAGCAGUGGACCAAGAGAGCAUGGAUGCCGCUGAAAGUGGAUCGCACGAGGCGUUUCUCGACCAGCUGCGCGAGACAGGGAAUACAGUAUGCGGGAGACAUCCCAUUGGAGUUUUCAUGGCUGCUGUGGAGGAAGCAGAGGGGCUGUCUGAUGGGACAGGCAGGUUUAAGUUCUUGAGGUAUGAGAGGAGUAGCUUAGUGGAGCACGUACAAGAUAGUAGUGUGUCGUACUGCAGUGCUUUUGCAGUGCUUUGAUGCAUCGCUGGACUGAAUUACGAAAUCAUCAGGUAAAUAGAUGAGGUAUUCAAGAAUAUAUUCAUCAAAGACAC